UGGGCUGGGCUGCGCUUCGGUUUAAGCCGUGGUUUUCCUAAUCCUGAUCCCGUAAAGGCCACGGCCUUUUCUCGCGCCGCCAUGGUUCGACACCCACAGUUUCGAGCAGGAAUCUGCCCUCUGGAAAUUACGAUGAUGCACCCUGUUCACCGCUGCUUUCUGCUCGGACAGCAGUGGACCUUCAAAAGCUCGAUUUCAAUGAAUGCAAAAACUAAAAAGGCUUUCCGCAUUGCAAGGAGACUAAAGGGAAGUGAGAAGUCUAAAAAUGAAGGCAUUUCAAACCAUGUGCAGGCAGUUUAGAAGUUCAAAGGGGUUUUCCAUAGAACCAUCCCCAUGUGUGGCUUUCUCCACUUCCUCAUAUUCAUGUGGCCGUAAGAAAAAAGAGAACCCUUAUGAACAGGUAAACCAAGAAAAGUACUCUGAUUUAGUACAGUCUGUCUUGUCAUUCAGAGGCCAUGCUCAGACUCCAGAAUCAUUGUUUGAGGAAGAUACUUUACUCUAUGGACCUGUGAGUAAGUGUAAACCUCCAAAGCAAGAGGAGGAAGCAAGAGUUCCUGGAAACUGGUUUCCUCUCUUCAGUCCAGAAAGAAGCUUAAAACCAAAUGCAACAAGCGAUGCCACAGUUCCUUUGAAAAUCCCUUUGCAAAGGAGUAAGAUGCCAAGUGUGACCCGAGUCCUUCAGCAGACCAUGACAUCAGAACAGAUUUUCUAUUUGGAAAGGUGGAAACAGCGGAUGAUUCUGGAACUGGGAGAGAAUGGCUUUGCAGAAUAUACUUCAAACAUAUUUUUACAAGGGAAACGGUUCCAUGAAGCCUUGGAAAGCAUACUUUCACCCCAGGGGAACUUAGAGAGAGAUGAAAAUCUUGAAUCUGGCUACAUUGAAAGCGUCCAGCAUAUUCUGAAAGAUGUCAGUGGAGUUCGAGCUCUUGAAAGUGCUGUUCAACAUGAGACCUUAAAGUAUGUAGGUCUGCUGGACUGCGUGGCUGAGUAUCAAGGCAAGCUGUGUGUGAUUGAUUGGAAGACAUCGGAGAAACCAAAACCUUUUAUCCGAAAUACAUUUGACAACCCGCUGCAGCUUGUGGCAUAUGUAGGUGCCAUAAACCAUGAUGCCAACUAUAGCUUUCAGGUUCAGUGUGGUUUAAUUGUGGUGGCCUACAAAGAUGGAUCCCCUGCCCACCCACAUUUCAUGGACACUGAGCUGUGUUCCCAGUACUGGACGAAGUGGCUUCUUCGACUAGAAGAAUAUACAAAGAAGGAAAAGAACCAGAAUAUUCAGAAACCAGACUAGGGGCAGGAUGCUGUUUGGGGACAUGCAGCACUUUCUCAUACUUUGGGAAAAUACAUUGCUGUUUACUGUGACCUAAAAUGGAGGAUCCGAGAGCUGAAUUAAUACAAGCAGAAAUAAUAAUUUGUUGACAUUUACUGGCAACCAAAAACACUGAGAAGCCAGGAAAGUUUAGAUAUAAAGAACUGGACUUUAGCACAUAAAAGACCAGCUUUCUACCUCUGACUAUGAUUUACUUUUAAAAAGGGCUAGCAAAAUUACACAGUGUUGAUGGCUCAUGGAUCCCUGUGGACUUCGCUGUGUCCUGGGCAGGAUUCCCAGUCUUUGAACUGAAAUUGGGGGGCAGUAAGGCUUAGUGUGCCAACCAUUUCCUCAGGGUACACCAGGAGGGAAGGGGCCAUGCAGCCCAAGGGCGUGUGUGGAGGGAGAACUAGCAUCAGCCAGCUACUACUGCCAGCACAGUCUCCUAGAACUUGUUUUAUAUAUUGAGGUUCUCUAUAUAUUUCUUUAGGGAAAAAAAUUUCCAUUUAACAUUUGUGAAAAAUAAAUAUGGGAUUCCUUAGCCUCGAAUAAAUAUCACUGUCCUGAAAGAUGGAGCACAUUCACUAUAUCAUUGGCAUACCACCAAAUAAUCCCUGAAGUAAUUGUAGGAAUUUUAAUAGUUAUAUUCUGGUUUGAGUGGAUGAAUCUUAUCCAUAGAGAAAAUGUAUCAUGUGUGUAAUUUUUCAGCUGUGGGGAUCAAUAAUGCAAUCUAUUUUUAUGUGUUCGAUAAGUAAUAAAAAUUAUUAGUUGUCA